AUGGCCACCCCACCGACGAAGCAGUCUGUGCUGAACCUGUACCACUCCAUGCUGCGCACGUCGCAGUCCUUCACCUCCUACAACUUCAGAACCUACUUCGUACGCCGGACGAAGAGCACAUUCCGAGAGAUUCAUAACGAGAGCGAUCCGGCGAAGCUCGCCGCGUUCUACGCUGAGAAGUCGCAGGAGUUGGCCGUGCUCAAGCGGAGCGCGAUUGUAAACCAGUUGUAUGGCGGGAGGAGGUUGGUGGUCGAGGACCAGAAGCCGGUGCGCGACCGCGGGGACACAUAG